GACAGACGCUUUCACCGAGAGUCCAAACAAAUCCAAACAAACGAGGAAAACAAGAGAAAAGCACGAGCAGCGGAAACUCCACCAGUCUUUCCUGUUUCUGAGGUCAGAGUUCAGCAGUCGUCAUGGCAGACGAAUCAGACAUGCGUAAUGAGCUGGCCGACCUGCAGACACGUGCAGACCAGAUAGCUGAUGAGUCUUUGGAGAGCACUCGGCGAAUGCUGGCUCUGGUUGAGGAGAGUAAAGAUGCUGGUAUCAGGACCCUGGUUAUGUUGGAUGAGCAGGGAGAACAACUGGAGCGCAUCGAGGAGGGGAUGGACCAAAUCAAUAAGGACAUGAUGGAUGCAGAAAAGAAUUUGAACAAUCUAGGACAGUUCUGUGGUCUAUGUUCAUGUCCCUGUAACAAGAUAAAGGGCGGAGGCCAGGCCUGGGGAGCAAACCAGGAUGGAGUGGUGAACAGUCAGCCUGGAGCUCGAGUGGUGGACGAGCGUGAACAGAUGGCUAUCAGCGGGGGCUUCAUCCGCAGGGUAACAGACGAUGCCAGGGAAAAUGAGAUGGAUGAGAAUCUGGAGCAGGUGGGCGGCAUCAUUGGCAAUCUGCGUCACAUGGCCCUGGACAUGGGACAGGAAAUUGACACCCAGAACCGCCAGGUUGACAGGAUCAUGGAAAAGGCUGAUUCCAACAAGACCAGGAUUGAUGAGGCCAACCAGCGUGCGACAAAGAUGUUGGGCAGUGGCUAGAACACUGCAGCAAGAAUUGCUUUCAUCCCUGUUUCACCCCACACUCCCCCAAAAAAUAAUGACACCAACCAAACCCAUUCAAACCCCCAACACCAGCAGCGCCCACCUCCUUGGCUCAACAGCAGGCGCUGCAAAAUCAUGCUUUUAUUGUGAUACUCGUAGAAGUUUGCACAUGUACACAUAUCAUACAUUCUCCUGCCCAUCGUUUCCUUACCUUUGUCAGUAUUGUUCUGUGUUGUCACCCUUUUGAUUUUGGUAAAACAUUAAUAUUUCACUUGCACAUCCACUCAAACUCGACUGUACACAGUGCUUCUUAAAUUGUUUCAUUGAUGGUUACAGUGCAUGUCCCAUUUUCUUCAUCACUUUUUUUGUCUAUAAACUAUAUGUUCACCUUUGGCCCAAAAUGUCCUUCCCCUCUGUCAGUGUUGUAGUCUUGUCCAUGUAAGACACGCUGUGUAUUCAUCAAUGACAGUGCUGUGAUGCGACAUGACUUCAGUGUUUUCCAGUAAUAUAGUGAACUUACAAACUGCACAGCUUGUGAUUAGGGUUCCUGUUGGAGCUACUCGGAUCGUAAGUCGAUCAAGGUUAAUCACCAGAUUAUGUAUUUGGAUGAAAAUAUGACAUUUGUGGUAAUGACUGUUUUACCAACCCUGUUGACAGAACAGUAUUAAAACGAUUUGAUGCCAUAUAUUGUAUAGUGUAUAAUUUCCUCAGGGAGCUAAAUCUUACCAUUCAGAAGCAAGGGUUGACGUUUUAACUGAUAGUAUACUUCAGCUAUGUCAUAUUUGUAUCAUAAGGCUCUGUGUCUGUGUCAAAGUCUGUGCAUUGCUGUCACUUGAAUGGCAUUAUUGAUAAUGUCUUAAUCAUCAGACACAUUUGUGGACAUUAAUCAUAAGCGUUUGUGAUUGACAAAUAAACUUGCUAUAGGUUGGAGUUUAAUAGCAAUUCAGAUACAAGAUGUUUGGCAACCUCUUCACAUACCAGGCCGCACUACUUUACCCACGAUACAACCCUAGCAGCAUUAAGUAGAGCAUUAAGUGUGUUAUGCAUGUCCAGUCACUGCUAGAAGACAAUAAAUAAUUCAUCUAUCCAUGCUAAAAUAUCCUAACAUGGCAACUGCAUGCUACAUAUUUAGGCCACACUGAUGAGAGGCCAAUAAUUAUCUGCAAUUGUGCCACUCUUUUUGUUUCACGCCUCUUAACCUUUUCCAGACUGUAACCAUCACUGUAAAAUAAUGGAAAAAAAUGCCAAUAAAACAUCAUAAACGUUGAA